AUGGUUAAAGCAACAUUGUUAAUAUUUCUCGCAGUAGCCGUUCUUUGUGACGCUAUUAUUAGAAUUCCACUUGAAAAAGAUACAUCAAUUCGUGCAAAAUUGAGACCAAAUGCCCUUCGUGAACAUCUUCUUACAAAACACGUAAAGGGAUAUAAACCAAAUAAUCUUGCAUUUAAUGAAGGACUUUCUGAUUAUGAAAAUGCUCAAUACUAUGGUACUAUCUCUGUAGGUACACCAGCACAAGACUUCAAAGUUCUUUUUGAUACUGGUAGUAGUAACUUAUGGCUUCCAUGCAAAGGAUGCCCAAUUUCAAAUCUUGCCUGUGAUUUCCAUAAACAAUUUGAUUGUUCUGCUUCAACUACUUGUACAUCAACUAAUCAAGAUUUCAAUAUUCAAUAUGGUUCUGGAUCAAUGUCUGGUAAAGUAGAUACUGACACCGUAUGCUUUGGAUCAUCAGGAUCAGGAUAUUGUACCGAUAAAACUCAAGGAUUUGCCUGUGCUAUGCAAGAACCAGGUAUGGCAUUUGUUGCUGCUAAAUUUGAUGGUAUCCUUGGUAUGGGAUGGGAUUCAAUUUCUGUUGAUAAACUUAAUCAACCAAUGGACCAAAUUUUCUCAAACAAAAAUGUAUGUAAAAACCAAGUUUUCGCUUUCUGGCUUAACAGAGAUUUGAAUGGAAAUACACAAGGAGGAGAAAUGACACUUUGUGAUAUGGAUUCAUCACACUACAAGGGACAAAUUGCUUGGGAAUCUCUUACAGCUGAAGAUUAUUGGAGAAUUAAUAUUGGUGGAGUUAAUGUUGGAGGACAACAAGUCAGUGGAGCAGUUUCAGCUAUUGUUGAUACUGGUACUUCUCUUCUUACUGGACCAACUGCUGAAAUUGAAAAGAUCCAAAAACAAAUUGGAGCUAUUCCAAUUAUGCAAGGAGAAUAUGAAAUUAUUUGCAGCAAAAUUCCAACUAUGCCAAAUGUUACUUAUACUAUUGGUGGACAACAAUUCGUUCUUACACCAAAUGACUACGUUCUUAAAGUUACCCAAGCAAUGACCACUGUUUGUAUCUCAGGAUUUAUGGGAUUAGAUAUUCCAGCACCAAAUGGUCCAUUAUGGAUUCUUGGUGAUGUUUUCAUUGGAAAAUUCUAUUCCGUCUUUGAUCACGGUAAUAAACGUGUUGGAUUUGCUCAAGCUGCUUAA